UUCCCUCCAGAAAGGUUGUACCGAUUUACAGUUUCACUGACAAGAUGUGAGGGCUCCUUGUAUCGCAGUCCAACCCCAGCUCAUUUCUUAGUAUAGGUUUGUUUUUAGGAUGGUCGGGCUCAAAGCAGAACUAAGAGAUCUGCCGUUUUGGACACGGCCGAGGCGCGCGGCUCCCGGGGCCUGGAAAGCGCUCUGAGCACGCCGGUCCCUUCAAGGUUGCGCGGGCUCCCGACGAGACCCGGCCCAGCUGGGCACCCCCGCGCGCUCCCGGGUCUCGCCGGCCUCGCGCCGGCCGGUUGGCUGUUGGCCGGUUGCCGUGAGAACCAGGAGCCUUGGAGAGCGCAGACUAGCCUGGAUCUCAUGGGGCGAGGGAUACCGAGGCCCAGGCAUGGAGCUGCCGGAUCCGAUACGCCAGCGGCUGGGAAACUUCAGCCGGGUUGUAUUCACUGAUUCCAAUCGUACUGUGCCGGAGUACAGUGAGGGUCCCGAAAAUGAAAUGCUCUCCAGUUUGCCAUUGCAGAUGUCACUUUAUUUUAAUACCUACUAUUUCCCACUGUGGUGGGUGAGCAGCAUUAUGAUGCUUCACGUGAAGUAUUCAAUCUUGCCUGAUUACUACAAAUUCAUUGCGAUCACUGUUGUCAUCCUAAUAACCUUAAUUGAAGCCAUCCGGUUGUAUCUGGGCUACAUGGGUAACCUACAGGAGAAGAAGCUGUUGUGGAUCUGCAUCACUAAAGAGCAGCCAUCUUCUUUCCUGGUGGUAGUGGAAGCCUGAGGGACUGCUGCCUACCACCAAUGCCCUCCCUGUCUGGUUUGUGGGUAAGAGUCAGGCUGCAAGCUUCCAGAGCAUCACAGUAGAGGCUACCCUGCAUAGUGCCUAGAGGGAAGCCCACAGCAAACCUGCAGGGAGCCAGCCUUUUUCUGCAACAACAUACAUAGAAAAUGAGCAUUUUUGUGCCCUAUACUCAAGCAAAUGGAUACAACUGCCACCCCAAGAGCUGAGGGGCUCCCUAUCUUAUUUGACAAAGCGUGACCCCCUUGCAGCACAUCAGUGAGCUGACCGCCCCCAGUGGGGAAGGCUACUUGCUGGGCACGCAGGCAGUGACCAGAGCUCUGACACCAUGGUAGGUCCUGGGAACACAUGGAGAGCUGGCUCCCUCUCCCUCAGCUUCUAAUGAACACGAGCACUUGCUUGACAUUUUCCUGCACAUUCUUACAUUUGCCAACUGCCUCCCUGCCCCCAUCCACACAUUCCACAACAUGGCAAUUAAUUGUUCUCUGCUGUUCAGCAGCAUUGGCGUGCACAGCCACAAGUGCAGUCGUGCUUUGUUCCUGGUUUAACCAGUGGCUAUCCCUGGCUGUCCCUCAAAAAACAGACAAAACCAGCCAGCUGCAGACCCAGCUGUCAGCGAGCCCGACACUGGCAUUCAAGUGGCUGCAGGAGAACCCAUGCAGUGCCCAGAGAGAGCCCAUUCUUUUCUUUUCUUUUCUCCUCUUUACAACUGACAGGCUCUGAGGAAGGAAACGUGAGCUCUGGGCUUGGCAGCGGGGCAGGAGGCUCUUGUUAACAGCUUGCCUUCCUGUUUAUAUGGGGUCUGGCAAAACUGUUAAUUUCUCUCACGGAGGUGACAAAUGGGAAACCCAGAACCGCCAGGGAGCAGCAGCCUAGAAAACAGCCCAGGCGUGACUUGUUGAAGCAAGGCCAGGGGGCUGGAAAUGGGUGGGCAGGGACUCUCGUAGGUUCCCGGGCCCACUGGAGAGGACAACCACACUCAGCGGUCCCUCUCAAAGAGGCACUGAGCCUGGCUGUGUGGGCAUGGCUCUGCCGCCGUGCCCCAAGACAGGACAGACACAAUGGGGUGCCUGUGGUGUGGCUCAGAGGCUGCUUCCCAAAUUAGCAUCUGUGUUAGGACCUUCCGGGUCUGUCCUCACCAUCCUUGAGUGGUCCUGGUCUGGCUCAGAAGCUGAAAAUAGCCCAGGAUAUACACCAGGGUUGGGCAGCCCCCUUCCUGCUGCUUCUCCUGCAGCGUCCUAAACCCUCGGCAGUGCUUCUCCUGCUGCUUGCACAUGGAAAGCACCUGGAGAACAUCAGGUUUAAUUGUUCUAGGAUAGGACCUGGGUGCUGAUCUUUUUAAAAAGCUUCCCAAGUGAUUCUAAUGGGCAGCCAGGGUGGUGAACCAUCAUCAAGGAUAGAUUGCUAUUGCUGUUGUUAGUUUCAUUAUCAAUCAUUAUUCUUAUCUAAAUGCUAGCUUAUUUCAAAAGCCUGUUUGCAGGGGUAGGCUAGAGGCAAGGAAUGAGAUGAGGAAACAGAUUCCAACAGUCAGAGCCCCCCAGAAGGUGAACAAUAGCUCCAGUUUAACUGGGACUGGGGAUAUAGGUUUAGGGCAGUUUUCCUGGGAUGUGGAAUUUUCAGAGCCAAAACUAGAAAAGUCUGUCAUGCUACCAGCCCCCAGGGCACCCUGGGCUGUGUCUCCCAUGGGUUCACCAGCUCUCUGAGCCUCUUCAAGGGCUAAGGUCUUAUUCACGUUUGUAUUCCCCAGUAGCUGCCGUACAGUAGGUGUUCAUUAUCUAGUCCUGAAUUUGCUGCCUCCUGUUUAAUUCAACAAAGGCUCCUUAGCUGCUGCUAUUUUAUGUAGGAAUGUUACCGUGCUUUCAUGGCCUGGAGAAAGACAUAGUAUUAUUUGUUCUGGAGAGAGAUGCAGCUUCAGCGUGGGUUGAAGAGCAGGUUGUGGGCUGAGCUUUGGGAGAGAUUCGCAAGCCUAUGGACGUGGAAUGCUGUGGCUGCAAACAUUUCAGGGAAAUGGAGCUAUUCUCACCACAGAUAUAGAUCUCAUUUAAAUAUCCCUCUGCACACAAUUUUCCUAUCAAAGCAACUGGACUGCAAAAAUGAACUAUUUUGGAAGUUUUGUCUCUUAUAAAAGGAAAAUCAGGAUUCUCUCUCCUUUUUUGCUUCAGUUUUAUUCAAAACAAGUAAAAUAAGGGUUUGUGGAGAACAUAGCAGCUCCCUUCUCAGGCUCUUUGAGGACUCUCAAAGCCUGACAAGCAGGCCUUCCUGAAACUCACAGUGAAGGCCUCUCUACCCCACCACUCUGGCCCCUCCCCAUCCUCAGUGUGGCCUCCCUGGGUCCCUGCAUGGAUGGUCCUGUGGCUGUGCAGACUCCUUCUCAUCUCCGUCCAGGAGGCUCCCACCCAGCCCCUUACUUCCACUCUUUCUGCAAUGAUCAGCUCAAGCUUGGGAUCCUCCAGGAAGACCUACUUCCUCCUCUCUCUUCUGAAAGUUUCCAAAGCAAGCAGAGUCUCUGCCACACUGUCCAGCGUUCCUCUGUGAUCCCUUGUGGAAGUUACCAGCUCAUUAGUUCCACCAACAUGUCCUCUGCUGAUACAGUCUCUGCCUACCAGCCCCAGUCCUGGUAUUCCCGGGACUGUCUGAAAAUCUGCAUGGCUGUGGUCUGCCCACCUGCUCACCAUGAUGUGUAAACAGUAGGAAAGUAUGCAGAUGAGAUAUUUAGUCAGCAAGAAGCCUGGGGAAGCUGCAGUCCUCUGCAGUCCUCUGCUGCUUCCCUCACUCCCAGCACUGAAACAGGGAGUGGGGAGGAGGGGUACAGUUGGUUCUGCAGCCAAGAGCCCUUGGGUGGGAGUUCUUUGAUAUGGCUACUUUCCCAGGAAAGGACAUCUCUGCAUCCCUCCAGAACUCCCAAGGCCAUCUCUGCUUCAGCCUACCAUCUCUGCUGCAGUCCCUACUGUGUUCUCACCUCCGAAGUCCUGGCCAGAUCCCAAGCUUGGCUCACAGAGAGCAGCUGACCCUGGAAUCAGGAACCUUACUCUGGAUUCUGGGUUCUGACAGUGUGGUUGCGUGCUCCCAGUACCUUAGUUUUCUUAUCCAGAAAUGGGGGUUAAUAAUAGCACCUACUUCACUGGUAUUCAGAGGAUCAAUUGACCUACGUCUGUGAAAGCAAUUAGAACAGUGCCUGAUACAUAAUAAAUGUUGGUUAUUAUUUAACAUUCUCUUAAUGGAGGAGAGGGAGGACAUGGCAAAUCAUCUCUAGGUGAGAGGCCACCUGAAUUUUGUGAGUCCUGCAUCCUGAAGUUUUCCCAUCUCUGAGUUUGGUUCUUAUCGCUAGAGGCAGUUCUGGCCUCCUGAAGAAUCUCUCAGCCCAGACACUCCUGAGUUUCUUUCUGUGUGUGUUGUGUCUCCAAAAUAGGCCAGCCAUGGCUGAGCUCUAAGAAAGUUGCCUUUAAUUGCCACCUUGACAUAGUCCACUUCUAAUUGUUUUGAAUGUGUUAAUCUUGAUAUCUUAAACCUCCAUGUGCUUCUUGAGGCAAGGAAUUCUGUCUUGUGCAUUUUCUUGAUCUCCCAACUAUGCCUAACAUAGUUCUACGCAUUGGUUGAGUGACACAUUAAAACCUGGGAGAACCCAAAAACAAUUUACCACCCCACUGCCCAGUGUCCAUGAGACCAAAAAUAAUACUGAGGAGACCCCCUUGACCUUGAGCAUCUGAGUCCAGAUCAGGCAGGUUGGAAAAUACAGCUGCUUUAGAUUUUGGGAAUUUGGGAGAGUGGAGUGACAGCCAGCAAAACUUCCAUCCCCAGCAGACUAGCCUCUGUCUACUCCCUAAGGUUUGGAGUGAGCCCAAACAGUUUCAUUUGGGAGACAGGGGAGGCACCAGCCAGAGUCAAUAAAUAGAUACCCUUCUCUCCCUCGAUUUUACUUCCUCAGUGGUGCAUGGAAAGCCUGGAGUCUGCAGUAAUCAAAUAGACAUGGACCAGGAAGGGGCUCCCAUUCCAGGCUGCAGGGAAAGCCCCAAGACUCUGCUAUGGUUCUUCAUGCCCACUCUUCUUUUGCUGAAAAGGGACCUGUUUGUGACAUUUCUUGUGUCCCUCUCACAUUUCGGAGCUUUUGUUGGAAAAUGCUUUUAGAUUACCAUUAAGUCUGUGUUAUCCUUUAAAAGACUGGAUGAGUAAUAAAUGAGCUAACCUAUCCUAUUUUCCAAAAAGAAUUAGACAUUCCUCCCACUUCCCUGAACAAAAUAUCUGUAUUCCCACCCACACUCUCAGCGACCUGCUGCCGAGGCUGAAACCCCGCCAAGGUUGGCUUCAGCACUACUGCUCCUGGGGCUUUGGGCUGCUCCCCAUUCCAGCCAGGGUCCUUGACUCCGCAUCUGAGUUCUUACUCUGUUCCAAUAUAGAUAAAGGCACAUUAAUGGGGCCAAGAGUCCCUCUGCCAGAUGGGCUGAAACACCAUAGACUGACUAUAGUCAGCAGCCCACGGAGAAGAGUUCAGACAUUAAAUGCUUUGCUGUGCAGAAGUUGUCAACAAACAGCAAGGCACACCAGCCUGCAGCCACUAUCCAUGCCAUGUUUCUACCCUGGCUUCCAGCCUCAGCCUUGUCCCCUGCCCAAAAGGCCCUCCCUUCUCCUAAGCACCGGACAAAUUCUACUCUUUCAAGAUUCAGACCAGCUCCUCCCCCUCCCCAGCACUCCUUCAGGAUAGGUGCAUUUAUUGAGCACCUGCUGAAUUCCAGGAGUGGACUACGGAUUCAGAUACAAAGAUUAAACUCCCCAGCCCUACCUGCAAGGAGUUCCCAAUCUGGGAAGCAAUCUCUGACCAUUUUAGCCCACAAGUGCUAUCCUUCUUCGAAUUCCUUUGAACAAGAAGUUUGAAGUACAGUGUAGAUCUCACAGAAUCAUCAGUCUUAGAAACAGAAGGAACCUCAAAAAAUUCGUCUAAUUGGUCCAGCCUUGGCUGUUGUUGAUAUUAUCCCCAACUUACAUACAAGUUAACGGAGCCUCUGAGAGGUUAAGAGCAUUGUCCAGAGUCACAGAGUGAGCUGGUGGCCCUUAUGUGCUCUAACUGCUAUAUGUGUUGGUCUUACUUCCCCAGUUGGUCUCUAAGCUUCCCAGGAGGGGCCAGGACAUUUUAACUUUCCUGCCUGUAGCCUUUCUGCCAACCCUCCACAUACAUUAAGUGCCUAAUAAAGACUGGUGACUUGCUGAUUGCUCGUGGGCCUCUCUCAGCUCCUCAGGUCACAGGGCCCAAGGGCACUACCUGGAACCUGCAGUCCAGACCCUGCAUCUGGAGAGAGGCUGAGCUUCCUCUCCAUUCCUCACAUUUCCUUGGUGUGGCCUCUUUUUGAGAAGCAGCAGCCUGUAGCCCCCAGGAGAGGGCCUACAUCUCACUGUUUGCAAACAGGCUUUGCUUUCUCUAAAGGCUCUGUUCUCAAGACAGGCUCAAGUGAGCAGCCCUUGGAACUGGAGUGGUUAAGUUAAAUAAGGGUGUU